AGAUCGGGCUUGGGGUGAGACCUGUGUGCCGUCACCACGGGCGGGUCUGGCCGAGGCCUGGGUAGGGGCCUGGGGCUGCCGUACCGCCCCAGGGCUCUGAGAGAUUUAGAUCCUGGCCCAGAGCAUGUUCCAGAUCCCAGAGUUUGAGCAGAGUGAGCAGGAAGACUCCAGGCCUGCAGAUAGGGGCCUGGGCCCCAGCCCCACAGGGGACAGGCCCCCAGGUCCCAGCAAGCACCAGCAAACGGCCCCAGGCCUCCUGGGGGAAGCUGGUCACCAGCAGGGGCAGCCAGCCAGCAGCAGCCACCAUGGAGGCACUGGGGCUGUGGAGACCCGGAGUCGCCACAGCUUCUACUCCGCGGGGACGGAGGAUGAAGAAGGGACGGAGGAGGAGGAGCCCAGCCCCUUCCGGGGCCGCUCGAGCUCGGCGCCCCCCAACCUCUGGGCUGCACAGCGAUAUGGCCGCGAGCUCCGGAGGAUGAGCGACGAGUUCCACGGCUCCUUCAAGGGACUUCCUCGCCCGAACAGCGCGGGCACAGCGGCGCAGAUGCGACAAAGCCCCAGCUGGACGCGCUUCCUUCAGUCCUGGUGGAACCGGAACUUGGGGAGAGGAGGCCCCGCCCCCUCCCAGUGACCUUCUGUCCCACAUCCCGAAUCUCCGAACCGCUGCUGGCGGCCAUCUUGGGAGUGGGCGGAAGUCUUUUCUGCAGGCCUUAUGCAAAAGGAGGCUGUUUCGUCCCUUUCAGAAGGAGGCGGUCUGACCCAGAGCCCAAUUCCCUUCCGGUGUGUGCGAGGACCGCGGAGGGGCUCGGCCCCCGUCGGAAGUCUUGAAGUUUUUCCGCCCUUAGGUGCUGGAAAUGGCCCUGUGACCCCGCCCCCGGCACUGGGCUGCCACAGUCGCCUUCGCCAGUUGCGAGCGGGAAUUAACCCUAACUUCGCCAGAACCCUUUCCUCCGCGGUAACGCUGCGGGCCGAUGCUCGCUAGAAAUGUGGUAAUAAAGCCCGCGUCUGUGCC